UUGGCGUCUCUUUGCCGCUAAGCCUCUCUCUGCCUCACAGGCUCACUUACCUUCAAAGACUCAGCUUUUUCCGACUCGAGACCAGUCUGCAAACAUCAGUCAAGAUGUCCGGCACAGAGAGCAGUACAGAUGGCCUAGGCGACUUAGUGAACAGAAGCCUGUCCGGCAGCCUAGAGGAGAGGUCUGGAGCAGAGGCCGGGACAGAGAGGUCCUCAGACGCUGAAAUGGAGGCCUCAGAAUCGAGCUUGAGAUCGCCCAGAGAUGCUGAUGGUGCCGGAGAUGGAAGUGACACCAACCACACCAGCACAGAAAAUACAAGUGAAGACACCGACUCUGAAAGCAUGGAGGACGUUGACAGUUUACUCAUGGAUCUUGAAAACCGAUUGCAUCGCCGCUUAGAAGAAGAGGAGGAAGAGGAGGAGGAAGAAGAGGAGGAGGAUGAAGAAGAAGGUGAACACCUGCCCCAGGUAUGUGUGCAGUGCAGUGGGGCCAACCGUGCACAGUAUUUAUCAGAGCAAAAUCAGGCCCUGGAGGCGUGGGUGUCCUCCGAGACAUCAGCCCUGCCCCGACCUCGCUGGCAUGUCCUUACUGCCCUUCGGGAGCGGCAGCUGGGUUCAAGUGCCCGCUUUGUAUAUGAGGCCUGUGGGGCAAGAAUCUUUGUGCAGCGUUUCCACCUGCAGUACGAGCUUGCGGGCCAUAUUGGCUGUGUCAAUACCGUGCACUUUAACCAGCGUGGCACCUGGCUGGCCAGUGCCAGUGAUGACCUGAGGGUGAUGGUGUGGGAUUGGGCGCGAGGGCAGCCGCUACUGAACUUUUCGAGUGGCCACAAAAGUAACGUCUUUCAGGCCAAGUUCCUCCCCAAUUGUGGUGAUGCCACCCUGGCCAUGUGUUCCCGUGAUGGGCAAGUACGUAUAGCAGAGCUGUCUGAUGCACCAUACUGCAAGAAUACCAAGCGUGUGGCCCAGCAUAGGGGAGCCUCCCACAAGUUGGCCCUAGAGCCAGACUCCCCCUUUAAGUUCUUAACUUCAGGCGAAGAUGCAGUUGUCUUUGCCAUUGACCUCAGACAAGGCCGGCCGGCUUCAAAAGUGGUGGUAACAAAAGAGAGGGAGAGGAAAGUGGGGCUGUAUACAAUCUAUGUGAAUCCUGCCAACAUUCACCAGUUUGCAGUGGGUGGACGAGAUCAGUUUGUAAGAAUUUAUGACCAGAGAAAAAUUAACCAAGAUGAGAAUAAUGGCGUGCUCAAGAAAUUUUGUCCUUAUCACUUGAUAAACAGUGACACCAGGACAAACAUUACCUGCCUUGUGUAUAGCCACGAUGGCACAGAGCUCCUUGUUAGUUACAAUGAUGAAGAUAUAUAUCUCUUCAACUCCUCUCAUAAUGAUGGAGCCCAGUAUGUUAAGAGAUAUAAGGGGCACAGAAAUAGUGCCACAGUGAAAGGUGUCAACUUCUAUGGUCCCAAAAGUGAGUUUGUAAUGAGUGGUAGUGAUUGUGGGCACAUCUUCUUCUGGGAGAAGUCAUCCUGCCAGAUCAUUCAGUUCAUGGAAGGGGACGUGGCAGGUUCAGUAAACUGCCUUGAGCCCCACCCUUACCUACCUGUGAUGGCAAGCUGUGGCCUAGACCAUGAUGUCAAGAUCUGGGCACCCACAGCUGAAGCACCCACUGAGCUUACCGGUUUAAAGAACGUGAUGAAGCAGAACAAGCUGGAACGAGAUGAAGAUAGCUCGCACCACACUGACCUGUUCGACAGCCGCAUGCUCUGGUUCCUCAUGCGUCACAUGUCAGAGAGAAGUUAUCGCCGGCCCUGGGGACCUGCUGGAGCUGGAGCUGGAGCUGGAGCUGGAGCUGGAGCCAGAGCUGCAGACCUGGAUGACUCAGAUACAUCCGAUGAAGAGGGGAGCCGAGACCGUGUGCAGUGCCUGCCAUCCUGA